AUGGCAGGCAUGGCGUCGGAGCCAGUCACCCAGUCCAGGGUGAUGUUCCAGUCCGCAGAUAAAAAAGAGGAGCCUACGCAUCGCAAACUGGGCAAGCUGACCGUCAAAUACAACCGCAAGGACCUGCAGAGGAGGCUGGAUAUUGAGGAGUGGAUCGACAAUCAGCUGCACCUGCUCUUCGACUAUGAGAAGGAGGAGAUCACAGAGUUAGAGAUUGACAUAGAUGAGCUGCUGGAGCUAUCUGACACGGAGCAGAGAUCCAGACUGCAUGAGUUACUGCAGGAAUGUGAGAAGCCAAAAGAGGACUUUAUCAAUGGGCUGCUUUAUCGGAUGAAGGGCCUACGCAAAAUGUCAGGGCCCCUGAAGAAAUAA